UCUUCCAGCCCCACCAGAGCUGGGAAGCAUCGUUACGGUGCUGGAGAGUGCGGGCCGCAGAACCGAAGUCGCGCGUCCCCUGCGAGCUCCGGAGGGAGCUCUUUUUCAGUCGCACCGAGGACAGUGUCCGCCGCCGCGAUUGGCUGCGGGCAUCGGAAGCGCUUGUGCGCCUGCAGCGCCGGCCAAGGAUCGAGCCACGAGACGCGCCGAGGCCCGGCUGCUUGGGUUUCCGUCAGGACUGGAGCCCAGAGGCACGCGGACCGCGGCGGCGAUGGAGAGGGGCGCGGGGGCCCGCACGGCCAGCGCGCUGUUCGCGGGGUUCCGGGCCCUGGGGCUCUUCAGCAACGACGUCCCGCACGUGGUGCGGUUCAGUGCGCUGAAACGCCGCUUCUACGUGGCGACCUGCGUGGGCAAGAGCUUCCACACCUAUGAUGUUCAGAAACUUAGUCUGGUUGCAGUAAGUAACUCUCUUCCACAGGAUAUCUGCUGUAUGGCAGCUGAUGGGAAGCUAGUCUUUGCUGCUUAUGGAAAUGUUUUCUCUGCAUUUGCCCGAAAUAAAGAGGUAGUACACACCUUUAAGGGUCAUAAGGCAGACAUCCAUCUUUUGCAACCCUUUGGGGAUCACAUUAUCUCUGUUGAUACUGACAGCAUUCUUAUUAUUUGGCACAUAUAUUCAGAAGAAGAAUACCUGCAGUUGACUUUCGAUAAAUCGGUAUUUAAAAUUUCUGCAAUUUUGCAUCCGAGUACCUACUUGAAUAAAAUACUUCUUGGCAGUGAACAAGGAAGCCUACAGUUAUGGAAUGUAAAAUCCAAUAAACUUCUGUAUACAUUUCCAGGAUGGAAAGUUGGAGUGACAGCUCUUCAGCAGGCACCAGCUGUGGAUGUUGUUGCUGUUGGUCUCAUGUCGGGUCAGGUUAUCAUUCACAACAUUAAGUUUGAUGAAACAUUAAUGAAGUUUCGUCAAGACUGGGGACCUAUUACUUCCAUUUCAUUUCGCACAGAUGGUCAUCCAAUAAUGGCAGCUGGCAGUCCAUGUGGCCAUAUUGGACUCUGGGAUCUAGAAGACAAAAAAUUAAUCAAUCAAAUGAGAAAUGCACAUUCUACAGCAAUUGCCGGACUGACAUUUCUCCAUAGAGAGCCACUUCUUGUCACAAAUGGCGCUGACAAUGCUCUCAGGAUAUGGAUAUUUGAUGGUCCCACAGGUGAAGGCCGGCUUUUGAGAUUCAGAAUGGGACAUAGUGCUCCUCUUACCACAAUCAGAUAUUAUGGACAAAAUGGACAGCAAAUUCUUAGCGCAAGCCAAGAUGGAACUCUUCAGUCAUUUUCCACGAUACAUGAAAAAUUUAACAAGAGCUUGGGACAUGGAUUAAUAAAUAAAAAGAGAGUCAAACGUAAAGGACUUCAGAAUACCAUGUCAGUGCGACUUUCACCCAUCACAAAGUUUGCAGCUGAGGAAGCUCGUGAAAGUGAGUGGGAUGGUAUCAUUGCUUGCCAUCAAGGUAAGCUGUCAUGCUCCACCUGGAACUAUCAGAGAUCUACAAUAGGCGCUUACUUUCUCAAGCCAAAAGAGCUGAAGAGAGAUGACAUAACUGCAACAGCAGUGGAUAUAACUUCUUGUGGAAACUUUGCUAUAAUUGGUCUCUCAUCAGGAACUGUGGAUGUAUAUAACAUGCAGUCUGGUAUACAUCGAGGAAGUUUUGGCAAAGAUCAAGCUCAUAAAGGAUCUGUUAGAGGUGUUGCAGUGGAUGGAUUAAACCAGUUGACCAUCACAGCUGGUAGUGAAGGAUUACUCAAGUUCUGGAAUUUUAAAAACAAAGUUUUAAUCCAUUCUAUGAGCCUCGAGUCAUCUCCAAAUAUGAUGCUGCUACAUAGAGACAGUGGCAUUCUGGGACUUGCCUUGGAUGACUUCUCCAUUAGUGUUCUGGACAUAGAAACUAGGAAGAUUGUCAGAGAGUUUUCUGGACACCAAGGCCAAAUAAAUGACAUGACUUUCAGUCCUGAUGGUCGUUGGUUAAUAAGCGCUUCAAUGGAUUGCUCUGUUAGAACUUGGGACCUUCCGUCUGGGUGCCUUAUAGACAGCUUUUUGCUGGACUCAGCUCCUCUCAAUGUUACUAUGUCCCCUACUGGAGACUUUCUGGCUACUUCCCAUGUGGACCACCUUGGAAUUUAUCUGUGGUCCAAUGUCUCCCUGUAUUCAGUUGUUUCAUUACGACCACUUCCUGCAGAUUAUGUUCCUUCAGUAGUGAUGCUUCCUGGUACUUGUCAAACCCAAGAUGUAGAAUUAUCAGAAGAAACCAUAGAACCAAGUGAUGAAAUGAUAGAGUAUGAUUCCCCAGAACAGCUGAAUGAGCAGUUGGUGACUCUAUCACUCCUCCCUGAGUCACGGUGGAAAAACCUUCUUAAUCUUGAUGUUAUUAAGAAAAAGAAUAAACCAAAGGAACCACCCAAAGUACCCAAAUCAGCACCGUUUUUUAUUCCGACAGUUCCUGGCCUUGUACCCAGAUACGCUGCACCUGAACAAAAUAAUGAUCCCCAGCAGUCUAAAGUGGUAAAUCUUGGAAUUUUGGCUCAAAAAUCAGAUUUCUGCUUGAAACUUGAAGAAGGACUGGUAAAUAAUAAAUAUGAGGCUGCUCUUAACCUUCUGAAAGAAUUAGGCCCAUCAGGAAUUGAAGCAGAGCUGCGAAGCUUGUCUCCGGAUUGUGGCGGGUCUGUAGAAGUCAUGCAGAGCUUCUCAAAAAUGAUCGGGAUGAUGUUGGACAGAAAGCGUGAUUUUGAGUUAGCCCAGGCAUACCUUGCGUUGUUUUUAAAGUUACAUCUCAAAAUGCUUUCUUCAGAGCCAGUGCUUCUAGAAGAAAUGACAAAGUUAUCAUCACAGGUGGAAGAAAAUUGGAUCCAUUUACAGUCACUCUUCAAUCAAAGCAUGUGUGUUUUAAAUUAUAUAAAAAGUGCUUUGUUAUAAAAGUAAAUUGACUAAAUAAAUCAAAGACUUUCAUAUUAAAUGGGUUCAGUUUAACUCAUAUCUUGUUUUCCAAGUUUCAAUGUGAAAAGAAAAUAAAUGCUGGCACUGACUAGUCAAUCAUUCUCCCCCUUAAAUGCUAAAUACUUUCUGGCUGCCCUUUGUUUUAAAGACUUAACGAAUCUGCUCAAAUGAUUUAUUUUCUGAGUCUCUUCACAUCGGUUACUUGUAUAUGACUUUUUUUGGAUUGUCAUCACCAGCUCAU